AUGGCUGCUCCUCCGAACCAGGGCUUCGACACAUCCUCCCUCUCCGAAGAGGACCUACGCAUCUUCCGCCUCUACGGCCGUCUUCCCUCUAACCUCGCAUCCAAACCGCCCUCCACACCAGCCCCCUCCUCCACUUCAACGACGCCCUACACCUCCGCUCCAAACUCGGGCUCCUCCCUCCAACCGGCAACCAUAACAAGCACUGGUCCCAGCGCAACCAACAACGCAGCAACCACCCGCUUCGCCCGCCACCUCCGAGAGCGCAAGUACUUUGACUCGGGUGACUACGCUUUGUGCAAAGCCGGGCGCGGGAACUCGGUGGAUGUUGGCAUGAUUGGGUCUGCGCACCCGGCGCCGGAAGAGAUUCCGCAUCCCAGUCCGUUGUCGAUCAUGCAAAGGAGGAGGGGGUCAAGUUUUUGUGGUGGGGUUAGUGGGACCUUUCAUUUGGGGACGAGAGAGGGGGAGGAGGACGAUGGAGGAGGGUAUAGGAGGUCGAGUCUGAGUGUGGAGGUUGUGGAUGCUGAUGGGGGAUAUGAGGUUGGGGUGGAUGGGAGGAAAUGA